AUGAAUGAAUUAAUUAAUUACCAAGUAUCCCGAGUAAGAGCAAUAAAAGGGGCACACGUAUUGUGGGAGGGAGUCGCUAUACUUGCCACGGUACUUGUUGGCAAAAUCCAUCACUCUUUCGGCAGUUUCCAGAAGCUUGGUGCUGUAGCUGGGGUCGACUUUCCGAAAGACGAUGGAAGCUGCGGCCAGGGCGGCGGCCGUCUCGCCGGCCACGUCAGAGCCCGGUUUGCUUGGGGACACGCUGUAGGCAGUCCUGUCGGUGUCCAUGUCCUCGGGCCUCUCCCAGCAUUGGUGGUCUCGCUCUUCGGGCCUGGCGUUGGCGCACUUAAGGAGGUAGUCGGUGGCCCAGCGGACGGCAACUCUUGCGGGGACCAGCUGGGGGCCCAGGCGCUUGCCGUAGUCGAUGACGCUCCAGGAGAGCAUGGUGGCGGUGAAGGCCAUGGGGAGGUUGAAUUUGACGUUGUCCCCCGCGUCGUAAUAUCCGCCCAUCAGUCCGGAAUCGCCUCGCCAGGUGAGGUCUUGAUGCACGCCCUUGAGGCUGCCGGACCUCUGCCCUUGGAAGAACAAAAGGGCUUUCUCCAGGGCGCCACGGUAGUCGUGGGCCCCGUCCACGGAUAA